AUGGAAUUUUAAAAUUUUAUAAAUGAAGAGUUUUUGAAAGUUGAAAUAAUGUUUAUAGUAAUAAUCUAAGAAAAAGAUUAAUAAAUAAUAGCUUUGAAGAUUUGGGGAGUUUUGUCCAAACCAUAAUACCAAAAGAGAAGAAAAACAGAAAGAGAAAAAGCAGGAUUCUUUGUGUAUUUGUAUCUAAUAUUUUAAGAAAGACUUUGAUUUUGAUGCUUUAUCUGUACUUUCGGUAAAAUUGUUAAGUAAAAGUUUACAAACUUAUUUCUUAAAUAAUCCUAUUAAUACACCUGGUGAAGUAAUAAAUUUAAUGUAAGUAGAUACAGGAAAACUAUAAUUUGUAACAUAUUAUCCAGGUGGAGGAUUUGGAAUAAUGUUAUUGAUAGCUAUUUGGAAUACAUUGAUAGGAAAAUUCUUAAUGAAAUAUUAAUAAACAAUAUUGAAAGAAAAAGAUAAGAGAACAAAUUGUGCAAUUUAAAUAUUUUCAUAGAUUAAAUUCAUUAAAAUAAAUGUAUUUGAAUAAUUUUUUAGAGAAAAAUUAUUUAAAUUGAGGUAGAUUGAGAUUGAUAUAACAAGAAAACGGUAUUUUGGAACAUCCAUUAUGCAUCUAUUAUUAGGUCAUCAAUUAAGUGAUGGGAGUACAUUUUUAAUAAUCAGUUUAUUCUAAAUGUUACAAUAACCUUUUUUGUAAUUAUCCAUAGCAAUCAAUGAGGUAAUGGCUACAAACAUUAGUUGA